AGCCGACAAAGCCCCUCCUCCUCCCUCCUCUCCCUUUUAUUCUCCCUCCUCGAGCAGCCAUCACCACUACCCCGGCGGCGCUGCAUUCCGCACCGUUGCCUCUGCCCGUCUCUGUCCCCUGCUCCGUUGGCUCGUUGCAGAGCGGAGCGUAGGAGAGGAGAAACGCGCUCGCGUAAUAAUGGCUGGGGUAGCGCUGCCGGAGUGGGGGAUGGUGGCGGGCUCGCGCGGCGACGCGGCGGGGCAGUUCACGGGGGUGUGGCAUCAGGUGAAGGCCCCCGUGGUGGUCCCGCUGCUGCGUCUGUCGGUGGCGCUCUGCCUCGCCAUGUCCGUGACGCUGUUCGCGGAGAAGGUGUACAUGGCCGCCGUUGUCCUGGCCGUGCGCCUGUUGGGCCGCCGCCCCGAGCGCCGGUACCGGUGGGAGCCCAUGCGCACGCGUGACGACGACCUCGAGGCUAGCAAUGCCGCUUACCCCAUGGUGCUCGUCCAGAUCCCCAUGUACAACGAGCGCGAGGUGUACCAGCUGUCGAUCGGGGCGGCGUGCGGGCUGUCCUGGCCGUCGGAUCGGAUCAUCGUGCAGGUGCUCGACGACUCCACGGACUCCGUCAUCAAGGAGCUGGUGCAGCUGGAGUGCCAGCGGUGGGCGAGCAAGGGCGUGAACGUCAAGUACGAGGUCCGGGACAGCCGGCGCGGGUACAAGGCCGGCGCGCUGCGCGAGGGCAUGAAGCGCGCCUACGUCCGCGGCUGCGACCUCGUCGCCAUCUUCGACGCCGACUUCCAGCCGGAGCCGGACUUCCUGUGGCGCACCGUCCCCUUCCUCCUCCACAACCCCGACGUCGCCCUCGUCCAGGCGCGAUGGAAGUUCGUGAACGCAGAUGAAUGCCUGAUGACAAGGAUGCAGGAGAUGUCCCUGGAUUACCACUUUACAGUGGAGCAAGAAGUGGGCUCCUCCACUUAUGCCUUCUUCGGCUUCAAUGGAACCGCCGGUGUGUGGCGCAUAUCUGCUCUGAAUGAGGCAGGAGGCUGGAAGGACCGAACCACAGUUGAAGACAUGGAUUUGGCGGUCCGAGCAAGCCUCAAAGGAUGGAAGUUUGUGUUCCUUGGCGAUCUCAUGGUAAAAAAUGAACUACCAAGUACGCUCAAAGCGUACCGGUAUCAGCAACACAGAUGGUCAUGCGGACCAGCAAACCUGUUCAGGAAAAUGUUGAUGGAGAUUGUCAGAAACAAGAAAGUGACACUUUGGAAGAAAAUCCAUGUCAUCUACAACUUCUUCCUCGUGCGCAAGAUCAUCGCUCACAUUGUGACCUUUGUGUUUUACUGCAUUGUUAUCCCGGCCACAGUUUUAGUUCCUGAGGUUGAAAUACCAAGGUGGGGUUCCGUCUAUAUUCCAACCAUCAUCACCCUCCUCAAUGCUGUUGGGACUCCAAGGUCUGUUCACUUAAUUGUCUUCUGGAUCCUCUUUGAGAAUGUCAUGUCAUUGCAUAGAACGAAGGCCACUUUCAUCGGCCUACUAGAGGCAGGCAGGGUGAACGAAUGGGUGGUGACAGAAAAGCUUGGCGACGCUCUGAAGAUGAAAAUGGCAGGCAAAGCAUCCAAGAAGCCGCGCAUGAAGAUAGGGGACAGGUUGCAUGUUCUGGAGCUUGGUGUUGCAGCCUACCUCUUCUCCUGUGGAUGCUACGACAUUUCAUUUGGAAAGAACCACUAUUUCAUAUUCCUCUUCCUCCAGUCCAUCGCUUUCUUCGUCGUUGGUGUGGGUUAUGUCGGGACAUUUCUCCCUCACUCAUAACAGGAGUAUUAUGAAGCCAUCCGUCUUGGUUUCAUGAUUAUCUUCAUUUCCAGUCUCAUGGUAUAUAACCAGAUGAAAGACAAGAUCAAGCAGCCUUCUCUUGUGUGUAAUGUUGCCAGAAAAAAUGCAGUGUAAAAGCACUGCAAGACAAGCCAUAGAUAUAUAUAGGUAUGUUUUAGCUGAUAGGAAUGUGCUGGAUGCGCAUGAGAUUGAUUGUGACCAAGGAGGCUGUUUUGAGCCUCAGAGUCACCGUAGCAGAAUCAACAGUAGCAAAUAUAGAAAAUCGCGAAAGUUUCAACAUUUGUGCCAUUUGUGCAAACUGAAAAAGAAUCGUUUAUUCAUUCGUUUGUGUUAAGCAAGUUUUGUUGUCAGAAGAAUAAGGAAAUAAAGUUGUACAUCUUCUGCUAUCUCCUUAACACUUCUUUUUUCCCUUGUCAAUGUUAACUGUAAUAAACAAAAUGUAUUUGGGAGAUUCCAUUUCAGACCAUUCUGGUAUAAACAGAGAUUUAGAUGUA